AUGAGGCGGCACGAGAAAACCAAGCAGCAGCAUGGGAGCAGCGGAAGAAGGGCGGCACUGUGGCUCCUUGUGCCUCCUCUUCUAGUUCUGGCUGUGAUCAAGACUAAUUUACUGCCGCAGGUUGCGCGCUUUAAGGAGACCGGAUUUGACAAAUUAACAAAUGAAAUGGUUCAGAGAGUUUCAUCUUUAGGUUUGGAUAGUGCAAGUCGGCAGCAACAAUCACUUGACGCAGAAUCUGCAAAAGAUGUGGCAGCACCGACAAUGAGCAAGCUAACCUGCAACUGGAGCAAUCGUCACUCGGACACCUGCAGAAUGGAAGGUGACUUGCGGAUCCAUGGCAAAGCCGGUACAGUCUACGUCCUUUCAUCAUCCACCUUCAACCCAAACAACUCGACCAUCACAAUCCGGCCGUACACGCGAAAGUGGGAGCAAGAGACCAUGGCAAGGAUUCGGGAGGUCACCAUUCGGUCCACCGCGCCAGAGCCUUACAGCUUCGUUAUCCCACCCAAGUGCACGGUGAGGCACGACGUGCCAGCGGUGGUCUUCUCUACCGGCGGCUGCGGCACCAACUUCUUCCACGCCAUGACUGACCUCAUUGUGCCACUCUACAUCACAGCCCGCGAGUACAACGGCCACGUCCAGCUGCUCGUCACCGACUACCAGCCUGAGUGGGUGGCCAAGUUCAGGCCGAUCCUGACCGCACUAUCCAUCUACCCGGUCAUAGACUUCGACGCCGGCACCGCCGUGCGCUGCUUCCCGUCGGCGCACGUCGGGCUUGAGAGCCACAGGAUACUUGGCUUCGACCCGGCUCUCUCCCGCAACGGCUACACCAUGAUGGGAUUCCGGGACUUCCUCCGGGACGUCUUCUCGCUACGGCGGGCAUGGGCGACACCCGUAAGCAGGAGCAGUGGACACAAGCCUCGGCUCGUCUUUGUUCUGCGGCGCCACUCGAGGGCUGUGACGAACGAAGCCGAUGCCAUCGCCGCCGUUGCGGAUCUCGGCUUCCAGGUCGUCGCUGCGGGUCCGGAGGACGUCCGCGACAUGGCCAAGAUAGCGGCGGUGGUGAACUCGUGCGACGUGAUGGUGGGCGUGCACGGCGCUGGGCUCACCAACAUGGUGUUCCUGCCGCACAACGGCACCAUAGUGCAGAUCAUCCCGUGGGGAAACUUGAAGUACCCGUGCCGGUUCGACUUCGGCGACCCGGUGCCGGACAUGGGACUGCGCUACGUCGAAUACGAGGUGAAUGCGGAGGAGACCACGCUCAAGUACAAGUACCCCAGGGACCAUCCGGUGUUUACGGACCCAAUCUCCAUAGAGCGCACCGGUAAACUUUGGGAUACGUUCCUCGAGGGCCAGAACGUCACUCUGGACAUCGACAGGUUCAGAGAGGCCAUGCAACAAGUGUACAAGUCCGUCACCACGCAGUAG